AUGGUCUACGGCGGAAAUGGCCCUCUGAUCAACGCGGUCCUUUGGACUGAGACUGCUAUCGCCGCGAUUUUUGUCCUUGCGCGAUGUUAUACCCGCCGGUUCAUCCUACACAGUUUAGGACUGGAUGAUUAUUUUUUGAUACUUUCCCUUUUGCUCCUUGUCACGUUCUCGUCUUGUGUCGCGGUUGGCACGAGCUAUGGCGUUGGGCAACGCAGAGCCGACAUCGCCCCGGAGGAUUACAUCGAAGCAAUGAAGUGGGAAGUCAUUGCUCAAGGUCUGAGCAUCUUCAAUCUUGUCGCCAGCAAAGGGGCGGUGGCGUUUCUGUUGCUGCGAAUAGUGACGCAGACCUGGCACAAGGUCUACAUCUGGUUUUGCGUCGUGACCAACUCCAUCAUCGCCACGUGGUGCACGAUCGCCGUCUUCAUCCACUGCACUCCGGCAGACAAAAUAUGGAACCCGAAUGUUGAGGGACACUGUUGGCUGGAUUUAGCCAAAGUUGCUCUGGCUACAUCGGCUUAUGCGGUUUGUAUUGAUUUUGCCCUUGGUACUGUGCCCUGUUUCAUUAUUUGGGAAUUGAACAUGAAACGCAAAGAUAAGAUUGUAACCAUCUGCGGCCUGAGCCUGGGUGUUCUCGCUGGAAUCUGUGGUAUACUUCGAACCACGGCGAUACAGAGCCUUCGGUCGCAUGAAGAAUAUAUCUAUGACACCACAAAUAUGCUCAUCUACUCGGGCACAGAGAACUUCGUCUCAGCACUCUGCGCAUCAAUUCCAGUGAUCCGCGCACUAUGGACUAAAGUUCUAUAUGGUUACGCUGGUUCCAAUGGAUCAUACCAGAAACGGAGCCACCACUUGAGCGACUUGAAUAUGGGAGAUGCUGAGUGUGCCAUCCGGGAAAGCGCAGCAAGUCCCGGCAUCGAGACAAGAAUAUACGCGACUAGCUUCGAUGGAUCAAUAGAGAACCAGAGUGAGGAGACAAUUCUGCGAGACAAGAUCCAACGCAGCGUCAUUGGCGAGCAAGAGCUGGUGUGCACGUCGAAGAUGUCCAUCAACUUCUCCCAACAGAGGCGCAAGGACUCGGAUGUGUACAAGUGA